AUGCUACCAAGCUCUGGUCGAUCGAUGUUGGAGACGCUCUGGGACGCUGCUCUUCGAACUACCAAGGACCAACGGCAGACAAUCAACCGCUUCAACAGGCAUGUCAUUGGCGGUACCUACGCAAAGGAGGCUGCUCGCCGGUACCCAAAGUCACGCGAGCAAGCCCGGAAGAGGGAUACCGACUUUGACCUAGUAGAAAGAAUACACGAGAGCGAGAGCCAAUCGCUGAAACAGCCGCCGGAACCUUCUCAUAACUUCACGGUUACCUUGGAGCCUGAUAGCUUCACCGAGGAGAAGUACGGAGUUUUCGAGAGCUACCAGCGGAUUGUUCACAAGGAAUCGCCCUCUGACAUAUCUCGGGACGGAUUCCGGAGGUUCCUCUGUUCCUCGCCACUGCGGCGAGAGCAACUUACAUCGCCGGAUGGACGGGAGAGACAGCUGGGCUCCUUCCAUCAGUGCUACCGGCUCGACGGCCAACUUGUGGCGAUAGGAGUCCUCGACCUUCUCCCCGACAGCGUGAGCGCAGUCUACUUUCUCUACCAUGAGUCCAUCCACAAGUGGUCUCCUGGUAAACUCGGAGCUUUGCGAGAAAUAGCACUCGCAGCAGAAGCAGGAUAUCGCUGGUGGUACUCCGGUUUCUAUAUCCACACGUGCCCUAAAAUGAGGUACAAGAUCGAUUUCUCACCACAGCAGAUACUCAACCCAAAUAACAUGGAGUGGCUAGACCUCACCAAGGAUAUCAUCGCCAAAUUCGACGGUCAUGGCUACCUUGAUCUGGCAGAGACGGUUAGCAACACAGGAACCCUUCCCAAAGCCGAAGGGGCUAUCCCCUUGGAAAUGGAACCCCAAGAAGGUGACGCACCGGCUGUCCAAGAUUCUGAUAGUGACGAGGACAUAUCACUUUUUGGGAGCGAUAUGCCUGGAAUCCCGUCGCAAGAGGAUUUGAGGUCUUUUGACUUCGACAGCCUCUGGGUUCGCCUCAAUAGGGGCUACUGCCUUGCCGGCGACCUCUUCGAGUGGAAAGACGAAGACAUCAGCAUCAAAGGCGGCACGAAGGAAAUGGUGGCGGAGCUGGUGGCCACCGUUGGACCGACUCUGAUGCCAACAAUGUGUUUGGAUUUCAGGAGAGGGCUGUAG